CGAAGAAGAAGAAGCGAAAUCAUCAGCGAGGCCUUGGAGGCGGAAGUGUUUUGAAGUGUUUACAGCGCACAUUCACCAACAACAAGCUGGUGUGUGUUUAGUGUGUAAUGUUUCAAAUUGCGUAACAAUGUCGGAGAUGUUACUGAAAGAGAUGGAAGAAGUAUCUCUGGGUCAAUCGAAGGAAGAAGAAGAAUCGAGCAGCGGACGGAGUUUUCUCCUCAUCGAUGAAAAUGAAUCCCUGCAGGUGGAAAACGAAGGUCACUUCCUCAGGAAACUGGGCUGCAGCGCGGCAGAAGGAGUGAAGGUGCUCUCGAUCUUUGGCAACACCGGCGACGGCAAAUCGCACACGCUGAACCACGUUCUGUUUGACGGCGAGGAAGUGUUCGCCACGUCUCCCUCUCCCUCUUCAUGCACCAUCGGAGUGUGGGCCGCGUACGAGCCUCGUCUGGGCCUGAUCGUGCUGGACACAGAGGGCCUGCUCGGCGCAGCCACUCAGCAGAACCAGAGAAUGCGCCUGCUGUUGAAGGUGCUGGCCGUGUCCGACGUAGCCGUGUACCGCACGCGGGCCGAGCGUCUGCACAACGACAUGUUCCAUUUCUUCGGAAGCGCUUCAGCUGCGUAUCUGAAGUACUUCACACCUCAGCUGCGUGCUCUGUCCAACCGGUGCGGGCUCGACGUACCACUCUCGAACCUCGGGCCAGCGGCGGUGGUGUUCCAGGAGACCUCGCGCACUCAGCUGCUGGGUCACGACACUACAGUCCCGGCAGAUAUCGUGCUUCAGAAGCGUUUCCAUGACCUGGGCCUGGGCACAGAAGCCUUCAGCUCGGUGCAGUAUGUGGGCACGCAGACCAUCACACCUCCAACAGACUUCUCUCAGUUAAAGGAGACCAUCACAAAGCAGGUGAAGAGCACGGCAUCACGAGCCCCACGCCAGCCAGACAUCGUCUUCAGCGCCCUUCAGGCCUUGAGCGAUCGGUUCUGUGGAGAAAUCUCCGAUGACAAAAUCAGCAUGUACUCCUUCUUUCCUGACGAGUAUUUCACCUGCCCUUCUGUCUGCCUCAGCUGCAGCAUUCGUUGCAAGAACGGCAUGAAUCACCAGAAGGACAGAAUGCCGCAUAUGGCAGACGGAUUAUGCCAGUACGCUCAUCAGUACAACAACAAGGUUCUCAUAUGCAAGAAAUGCUAUGAAGGUGGAAGGGAAGUGAUCGUCGUGCCCAAAACCUCCGCCUCCACCGACAACCCGUGGUUUGGUCUGGCAAAGUACGCCUGGUCCGGGUAUGUGCUGGAGUGUCCGUACUGUGGCAUCAUCUACCGGAGCAGGCAGUACUGGUUGGGGAAUCAAGACCCCGAGAGCACCGUGGUGCGCACUGAAGUCAAGCACGUCUGGCAGGGGUCGGAAUCUUUCCAGGCAGACCAUCAGAACGCGGCUCAGCGAGUGCUCGACGGUGUUAACUAUGUCCUCCAGUCGGUGUCAGAGUACAGCUCCGGUCCCACCAAAGCAGUCACGGCCUGGAUCACGGAUCAGGUGGCUCCGCCAUACUGGAGACCUAACGCUGAAAUCACAGAAUGCCAUGGCUGUAAGCGAGUGUUCGGGGAGGCGGAGAGGAAGCACCACUGCCGUGCUUGCGGUGAGGGUUUCUGUCAGGCCUGCUCCACCCGCAGCAUGCCUGUGCCCGAGAGAGGCUGGGGCAGGAACCCGGUGCGAGUUUGCGACGCCUGCUACCAGCAAGGAGGAGCUGCACAAACCGUCCAGGUGGCGCAGACAGAGCCCAAGGCACUCGUGGCCCGGAGGGUGACGGAGAUGGCGCAGUCUACACUGGACAUGGUCUCCACCGCGGUCGACUUCCCGCUCUGUUUCGUAAAGGGAGUGGCUCGACCCGACUACUGGGUUCCGGACCACGAGAUCACUCAGUGCCACCAGUGUACCAAGGCGUUCAGCUCGAGCGUGCCCAAGCACCACUGCCGCGCGUGUGGUCAGGGGGUGUGUGGUGGCUGCUCGGCUCAGUGCCGCCCCGUGCCCUCUCGUGGCUGGGACCAUCCGGUGAGGGUGUGCGAUGCCUGCGCCACACAGUUAGACUCCCAGUGACUUCAGAAACAACGACGAACUCGAACCCAGUGGCUCUGAAACACAAAGAGUGGUGGCAGAUUGUGCUCUCAGAAUUCUGGCAUUUUUCCCGUGUAGUACACUCGCGUCUUAUCUGAAGGCAUUAACCUACAACGUCAGUGAAAAGAUGUACACUAAUGCCACGCUGAGAGGCUGAAUUAAUCAGCAGCUUAUAAAUGACUGUAGUUUGAUUUGCAAACAAUAGGGGAAACCGUUUGGGGCUGAUUUAUUUCCUGUACUUUCUAAUACCCCCCCCCCUUCCCCCCUGCUGGGUGCACCAUCCUACAGUGAUGUUUAUUACUCUCAUAACAACACUACAGGUUGCAGUUUAAUGUUCGUAAAAGGAACUAUUCAGGGCUAUCCGGUGGAGGAAAGUUCCCACUGUGAGCAUGUAAUAAUGUUUAUUACAUGGUGAGCGUGGCACUUCAUAGAAAAGUGUCACAUAGAGUCUCUACCCGCUUCAAAUCAGGUACUAGCCUUUUACCACAAACAACCGGCUCGUUUCUUCCGGCACGAUGCAAACGUAUCGACGCAAAAAAUAGUUGCGCUGGAUUUUGCAGACCUGAUAGAUUUUUAAUGCAUUUUCACGUAAAAGCGCAACACACACGCGCGCGCACACACACACACACACACAAAAGAGCUUCUUUUGUUCUUCUAGUAUAAAAAUUGCAUACGCUAAACGUAAUAUGAAUCUGGAAUGAUCGGUAGGCGUGUUGGUGUAUUGACCUGCCCUCCUAGAAGCCCCGCCCCCUUCCCAUCGUGCCAUCUCUCGUUUUGAAAGCUGCGAGCUCGCGUUCGGUCCGGGGAAACGGAGAUGGUUUUGAAAUAACGGAGGACGUGAAAUACGAUUUUAAUCCGUGUGAUUUAGCUCACGUUUGACAAGUGUAGAGUUAACGUGAGUGAAUUGUAUUUCUUAAAAUUUAGGCACGCGAUCACGUUUUAUUCCACUUUGCUGUUGGCAGGUCUGCUCAGAAAGUACUCGACAAUAAAAUAGUCGGUUGAAAGCUAUCAGUCACCGAAAUCAGAGAAUAGGAUUCGAGACUUGCUGUUGUUGUAGUUGUUAUUGUUUACACGUUGCUGAAUACUAUUCGGUGAAUUUUAUUUAGAUUUACAGUCGGGACCCUUUGUGCGUUCAAGUUGGUGUGCUUGAUUACAGGAAUAAUAAUUAAUUACAUUAUUGGUGCUUGAGCAUUGUCACCAGGCCCACGUUCAACACACUACAGAAUUAUGCAAUGAUUUACAAUAAGGAUAAUUAAUACAGCUGCCUUGCCUUUUUGUUGUUGUUUGUUUUUGUUUUUUUUUUAAUCUGAGGUGUAUGAGAUCAUGUCUGCUCUAUCAGGGUUUCCUGCCCGCAUCAUUUAGUGUCACUCAGCCAAUGACCUGGAAGCCUUCGUACAUUUAAACAGUCCAUGAAUCUACCUUGUAUUGCUUAAUGGACAUAUAAUCAGCUUCAGAAUUAUUGGCACCUUUGGGAAAGAUGAGUUAGGAAACAUGCCUUUGUGGUUAAUUCGCUUAACUGAACAUGCCUGUAUUUAAGCAAUAUCACCUGGUCACAUGGUCGUGCAUAAGACCACAGGCUGCUGGUUGGAACAAGGCUGUGGUUUUGCGAAAAAUAAUAAACAAUAAAAAAUAAGGUUUUACUUUUGUUAAAAUUAAUGUAUUCAAUAAAAGCUUGCAUUCCUGA